CUUUAAGUCUUGGUAAUUCUAGGCGAAGGGGAAGCUGGUCAAAUGGGUCUAGAUGAUUCGUUCGUCCUGGUUUUGGCCCUUGUUCCAGUGAUCCCAUUGAUCCCAUAUUUUCCCGGCGAACAAUCUCCACGAUGGUCUGGGCUUUUUCUUGGCUAGCCAACCCAAGAUGGGUUAAUCUUUAGUCGACGUCCCUUCGUCUGUCACCUCCUGAAUCCAAAAAACCUUGGCCAGACAUUCUUUGCCAAUGUAAUUCGCCAGCUGACUAGGUGAUUUGGUUAUUGUCUUGUCCUUUUUACCUUUUUCAUCUUUUUAUGUCGUUGACGUCGAGUUCCACUCUCCUUAAGUCCCAAACCCUCUCGUCACCGACCUUGAUAAAAUCAUAAUAAUAUACAUUCGUCCUCUACUAUCACAUGAGACGUUCAUUAUCGCUACUAGUCUAGAUCUAACUAAUUCACUUCUUUCACUCCUUCAUUCCCUGUUUUUUUCUUCUCUUCCCGGUGAUUCGUUGGUUUCGCUCGUUGCGCCCCUCUUCUUGAACAAUACGCAAACAAACAAUACGCAUUUCACAAAAUCAUGGUGAGACUAUCAACACCGCUGCUGGCGGCACUGGGCCUAGUCACCGGCACAGCAUAUGGAGCCCUCGAUGUAAAUCUCGAUGAUCCAGCUUCAAUUAAGUCGGCAGCUGCCUUAGUCGCUGAAGACCUUCUCACUUUCUAUCAUGGCGACGAGCCGGGCAAUGUUCCCGGUAUCUUGCCCGGUCCUCCCCCCGACGGCGACUACUACUGGUGGCAGGGAGGUGCGCUCUGGGGUACGAUGUUAGACUACCGACACCACACCGGCGACAAAUCCUAUGACAAAACCGUGUCACAGGCACUACUGUGGCAGGUGGGUCCCAACGAGGACUUCAUGCCGCCGAACUGGACGGCAUCGAUGGGUAACGAUGAUCAAGCGUUCUGGGGAUUGUCUGCCAUGCUGGCUACCGAAGUAGGAUACACCGAUCCACCGACAGAUCAACCGCAAUGGUUGGCGUUGGCGCAGGCAGUGUUCAAUGAGCAGACGCAUGAGGAUCGAAGAGUGCCUAGCGGACGAUGCAAGUGGGGUUUAAGAUGGCAGGUCUAUCCGUCCAACAACGGAUACAACUACAUUAACACCAUCGCAAAUGCAUGUUAUUUCAACAUCGGUGCUCGACUAGCCCGCUACACGGACAACUCGACCUACGCUGAUCUUGCGAACAAGACUUGGAAUAUCAUUAGUGACCUAGGUUACAUCUCAGACAAGUGGGAUGUCUAUGACGGUGCUCAUUUACCGGAUUGUACCGACAUCAACAAAGCACAGUUUUCGUACAAUGCAGCCAUGUUGUUGCAAGGUGCCGCCUUCUUGUAUAACUACACUGAUGGCAGCCAAAUCUGGAAAGAUCGUAUUGACAACCUAGUCGACCGCAUGAUUGAAAUCUUCUUCCCUAACAACAUUGCAUACGAACCAUCAUGCGAGGGUACGAAGUGUAACGCCGAUAUGGAGUCUUUCAAGGGAUAUACUCACCGAUGGAUGGGCUCGACAAUGCAACUAGCUCCUCACACGCGAGAGAAGAUCUACCCCGUGCUGAAGGCCUCAGCUCAGGCAGCCGUCAAACAGUGCACGGGUGGUGAUAACGGUCGAUUCUGCGGUUUCCACUGGACCACGGGCGUCUUCGACAACAAGGUCGGCGCCGGUCAGCAGAUGAACGUUCUUGGAGCUCUAAUUAGUCUUCUAUCACCUGAUGCCACGCCGCCUCUAACCAACAGCACCGGUGGUACAUCCCUGGGUGAUGUGAAUGCCGGUUCCGACGAUCCUCUUGUGCCCACUUUCGCCCCCAUAACCGGCGGUGACAAGGCAGGUGCCGGUAUCCUCACAGCUAUCCUCAUUGCCGGUUCGCUCUCGGCCUUCGCGUGGAUGAGCUUGGAUUAAGUCAGACUCGGGUCCUAAGGGGUUAUCGCAAAAUUAAGGUUGAAUGUACAUCCGGCGUUGCACGUGUUUUGCAAUCAAUGAUAUUUUUUAGUUCAGGAAUGAGAAUACCCAGGUUUUCACAUAAAAAGGAAUUGUACAUAGGCUCGGGCUCAUAACUCUCCCGUUCUUCCUUUUUCAAGCUUGCCGUAUGUCGUCUAGGGAGUUGCGAGGCGUACUUGGGUGAUAGACCUUGAAAUAACAAGAAUACCUAGGAAAGAGAAGAGGACUAAGAAAGGGGAUGAAAGGGGAGAGAUGAGGGGAGGAGAAUCAAAGAAAUAAUUAGAUAAGAUAAAUUUGAUGAUGUCUAAUUUGCU